AAUUAUUAUCAAGCGGAAAAGGUGGGGCACCUGGAAAAGCAAUUAAGGUGGAUUAACAUCUUUUAAUUGUGCGUUGUCGUUUGCUUAAGAAUUUGCAGAUACCAGUCUGGUAAUACUGCUGUAUAAGCCAUGCCACUGUUCGGUGAAGGGGUCGUGAAGUAUAAAAAUCAGGACUACUACAGCCUGAAGAAGCAGUGUCAGAAGUCCGGCAACCACUUUGUGGACCCAGAGUUCCCUGCCCAGGACAAGUCCCUCUUCUUCUCCAGUGGAAAACUUACAGGCGUCACAUGGAAGAGGCCAAAGGACAUAUGUUCAAACCCUAAGCUGUUCGUAGCGGGGGCUAGCGCUGGGGAUGUGACUCAGGGACGACUGGGUAACUGCUGGUUCGUAGCUGCCUCAUCAUGUCUGGCUCUCUACAAAGAACUCUGGCACAGGGUUAUCCCCAGUGACCAGGAAUGGGACGAAGCCAAGCCCGCUGAGUAUGCAGGGAUAUUCCACUUCUGUUUCUGGCGCUACGGCAGGUGGACCGACGUUGUCAUUGACGACCAGCUGCCUACAAUCAACGGGGAGCUGGUGUUCAUCCACUCUCAGUCCAAGAAUGAGUUCUGGAGUGCCCUGCUGGAGAAGGCAUACGCCAAGUUGUUUGGCUGCUAUGAGGCCCUAGAUGGUGGAGACCUGGGCGAGGCCCUGGAGGACUUCACAGGGGGCGUGUCAGAGCAGAUCGCCAUGUCAGAGCUGGGCCCCCUGGACAAACCUGAUGAGAUCAACGCGUUCUUUGAGCGGCUCAAGAAGGAGGUGGACAGGAAGUCACUGCUGGCUGCCUCUAUACCGGCUGAGUCAAGUGAGGAGAUGGAGACGUCCACAGACCAGGGCCUGGUGAAGGGCCACGCGUAUGGCAUCACAGCCGUGAAGCACAUCAGUCUGGAGUCAGGGGGUGGACUCUUCAGCUUCUUUAACAAGAACAAGCUGGCAAUGGUGCGACUGAGGAACCCCUGGGGGCAGGGGGAGUGGAAGGGGGCCUUCAGUGACAAUGACCCGCAAUGGCAGAAGAUCCCGAAGUCUGAGCGUGAGAAGAUGGGCAUAGUGUUUGAGGAGGAUGGAGAGUUUUGGAUGACUUUUGAUGAUUUCUGCCACCACUUUGUGAACGUCUCAUACUGCCGUGUGGUGAACACGUCCAUGUUCAGCCUGUCCAAGACGUGGCACGAGGGCAUCGCACACAGCGCCUGGAAGAAGCCUGACAGGGCCGGGGGCUGCCUCAACAACAAGGAGACCUUCCUGAAAAACCCACAGUUUGUGUUCAGCGUGGGGGAGGAUGAUGAUGACAUCAUGAUGCAGCUCAUGCAGAAGUCCGUACGCAGUGCACAGGGCAGUGGCAACACCACGGUUGGCUUCACCAUACUCAAGGUUGAAGAGAACCGACAUCACCGUAUCCACGACUACAGCUACCAGGAGACCAUAAAGAACACCAAGUUUUGUAACAGUCGCUCCAUCUUCCAGAAGUUGAAACUAAAAAAGGGCCGCUACCUCGUUGUGGCCUGCACCUUUGACCAGGGGGAGGAGUUAGAGUUCUUGUUCAGGAUUUAUACAGGGUCUGCUAAUGACUUCAAGCCACUGCUGCAUGAAAAGCCUAGUAAGAGUUUCUUGAACUGCUGUGCCAAGGAGCCUGUCAUGCUGACACAGAUCAAGGUGCUCCGAGCAGAGGGACUCGAGAAACAGGAAAGAGACGGAGGUGACCCGUACUGCGUCAUCAAGUGUGAAGGUCACAAGGUGACCACAGCAGUCAAGAACGACACGCUAAACCCUGAGUGGAACCAGGCAGCUGUCUUCUUCAGGAGAAACCCCCUCAAGAACCCCAUCAAAAUACAGAUCUGGAACAACAACAUCCUGAAGGACACGUACCUGGGCAAGCACCUGUUCAUCAGCGCGGAUGAGUGCAGGAGGUCCAUACAGAGCGUGGGGCUGGUAGGGCGGGGUCGCCAGGGGGCGGGGCAGGCCAAGGCCGGGAAGCUUGUUGUCGAGAUUACACAGACAAAGAACCUCGCAGAAAUAUAAAAUUAAAGUCAGAGACUUUCCUUCUUGUUGUCAGAGAUUUUCUUUAUUAUUGAAUCCAAAGCCCUUUGAAUCCAAAUCCAAAAAAAGAUACAGUUAGAGAAUUUCUUGUUGGAUCCAAAGUCCUUUUACACAUUAUGAUUGGUUUAAGAAAUGAAAGAAAUAUAAGUAGUCAAAAAUUGAAACAUCCAUUUAGUAAAUUAAGAAUUAUUUGCAAAGAAAUAUAGAAAAACAAAGACAUUCUUGUUGAAUCCAAAGCCCUUUUUCCCACAAAAAACUAAAGAAUAGAGUGACUUCUUGUUGAAAGACUUGUUAAUGUUUUUGUUACCACUAUCAUUAGGUUAAGAAACUUUUUCUCAUUUCUCUAAGAUUUCUUAUUGUCGAAGUACAUUUCUAGAAGUACUUGAUCUUAAGCAAUGUUUUGCACACUAAGAUCUUUAUUAUAAUUAUUUGGAGAAAAUGUUUUUUGUUACUUAUUCUAUAAUGUUUAUUAUACAAGUAUGCACAUCCAAGAUGUUUUUAAAGAGUUUUACUUUAGAAAGUAAGGAGAAAAUAACACAUAAAUAAACGUUUACAUAACCUAUGUAAUUUUAGUACAUUUGUUAAAAUAAAUAACACUUAACAGUGGCAGCUUUUAAAUUAUGUUUGUCCAUUGUUGUAUUUCAUUAAGAAAAUACUGCUGAAUUGUUAUACUGUUUUUAUGGUCUCUGUUAACUGCUGGAAUUUUUCGAGACACCCACAUGCAUGCCAUUGUAUUGUGCUGAAUCUCAUUAGUUUUAAAGAUUAACAUGGUGCUUGGUAGCCUAUAGGCAGUACAUGGGUUGGGGUGGAGUGUAGCCAUGACACUUUAGUCAAGCUAAGUGGGAAUAUUUUUCCACUUGGUUCUUGUUUUAGAAAAUAUUUUAUCCAAAUAUCCUACUAUUUAGUUAAUAGUUAAUUGCUUUUUCCAUGUGUGUUUAUUAUGUGUGAUAGUUUUUGCAGCAAUUUUUUAUACAACAGCCGAAACUCUUUACAGGAUAUUUUUGUUCGGAAUUUCACAGAUAUAUACUUGCAUUUUAUUUUAAACAUCUGGACAACAAAAUUGGUAAGGAAUAAUUAACAUAUUUCUUAUUCAAUGCCGUAAUGCAUGACAUUUGAAAACUUGAAAACACAUCACACAGCUUUGUAAGUUAUCUUAAUUAUUUAUAUUGUGAUUUCAUAUUAGGGAGCGUUUAAAACGUUAACUUUAAAUGUUUCAAUGUUUAAUUUCAAAAGCAGAUAAUUACAGUCGAGUUAUGACAUAUGUUGUUGCCUUAUCCAACUAUUUUCAGAUUUUUAGAAAUAGUAUAUGGUACUAUUCCAGUUACACAACAUAUUUUUAACCAGGUUUUCCAAAGGAAAAUUCUGGUUAUUAGAUUGGCGAAUGCGGGCGGGCUGGCUGGUGGGCGGGCGGGCGGAUUUUAAAAUCAUUUGGCACAUCUGUUCACCAUCAUUGGACGGUGUGUUGCGCGAAAGAAUUACGUCGAUAUAUCUCCAAGGUCAAGGUCACCCUUUGAGUUCAAAGGUCAAAAACGGCCAUAAAUGAGCUUGUCCUGGCCAUAACUAUGUCAUUCAUUGUCAGAUUUUAAAAUCAAUUGGCACAUUUGUUCACCAUCAUUUGACAGUGUGUCGCGCAAAAGAAUUACGCAGAUAUCUCCAAGGUCAAGGUCGCCACGACUAAAAAUAUAUUGAUUUUGAAACAAGGGGGUAACUGUGAUGAACAAUCAGUAGCAAUGCACAUUUUGAGUUGUAGUUGUUUCCCUUUAUCAGACUUUUUUUUAUUGAAAACCUGGUUUUGUGACAAUUUUGUCCCUUGUCUAUAUUGUUGUUGCUUUUGGGUAUGAAACGGUGGCUCAAUAUAAUUAUAAAUGUGUACAUAUAUAUGUUAUUAUUAUUAUGAGUGUUGUCAACUCUUUGCACUAAACUUAUUUUAAAUCAAUUCUUUUUAAUGAAGUCUAUACAUAUAAAACCUAUUUUGAUAUGUGUGUAUUCUGGUUGUUUCACUUUGCAUUUUUCAAUGGCAUCCAAUGGCCAUUCUGCAUUUGGUGCUAUGAUCAAUAAAGACGCAUUUCAUUUAUAUAUAUUUUAUUUGUUGAGUAUGUAUUUUUUUAUUUGGAACUGAUACAUGAUUGUGCUUCAAAUCUUCAUACUCUUCCUGUUCAGGAACCAUUAUGACAAUUUUGACCUUAAAAAUGAAUACAUAAUCCAGCUUUAUAUUUGUGUGUGUGCUUUUGGUCAUAUUUGCAGUUAUGUAUUUAAUUUUAAUUUAAUUGAUUGGUUUGUGUCUUAUGUGAUCAUUUUUCCACCUUUCCCAAUAUCAGAUUCAUUUGAUAUUAUUUUUUAAGAAUAAUUUAUACAUAUUUUGUUUUGCAUUUUUGUUAUUUUGUUAAAAAAUAUGUUGUAAAUAGAACUGAAUCAGUUUUUCUUUUAAAAACUGGGGCAUGAUUGAAGAUUAAACUUUAUUGGCAUUAAAUUUAUGAAUGCAUGGAACAUAAGCCUAAACAAAGUCCUUUUCGCUGAUGUUCGAACACAACGACUCCAACAGAAUAAUAAAUUGUAUAAACCAUUGCUAAGCAUCCAACAUGUGUUGGGACAAUUGGACAUUAAAAUCCUGCUUGUAUUGCCUUAAAGCUGUCGAAUUUCACCAAAUAUCUCAACUUUACUUUUUAAGGUUUAAAGAUUUUGUUUUGAUUUUGUUUUUUAUGUAUACACAUCCAUAUAACUAAUUAAGUGUUAAAUUUUAUUCAUGUCAUUCAUUAGUUUUUUUAUUAUUUAAGUUAAAUUGUAUUUUUGUUUAAUAAGCAAUAUUUUUGCCCUAGUAAAUUUUACCUGUUAUUUUAAUAGUUUCAAAAGAAGUAUAAACACGUUGGUGAAUCAGCUACAGUCUUCUGUGUUAAAUCCUGUUGAUUUGAUUGUAUUAAAUACACAUGUAUUUGGUUAUGCAUAUGGUUCAAAACCUUGACUCAGUGCCACUUCAAGAUAACAUGGACCCUUAAAUCUAGGGUGUGUUACUAGACACAGAUCGAAAAUCGUUUUUGUAAGGUGGACAUGCAUUGUUAGCAAUGUUUUAAUAUGUUUUUCUGCGCGCAAAAGAUCUGACAUUACAACCUUGAGAAUGAUUUACAUGUUGACAAAUAAUAUUAAUUGUUACUUUCUUUUAUGACUUUGAUAAUCGUAGCAAAGUCUAGCCUGGUUGUGAUGUGAAUUCCUGACCUUACUUAACAAUACAAUUGGCCGUGCUCUGUGAAAAAGGGGUUUAAGGCAUGUCGAAAAGUGUCGACCCAGAUUAGCCUGUGCAGUCUGCACAGGCUAAUCAGGGACGACACUUUCAGCUUUUAUGAUAUUUUUCGUUCCAACAGAGUCUCUUCUUAGCACAAAUCAAGUUUAGAUCAAGUGUCGUCCCUGACUAGCCUGUGCGGACUGCACAUCCGCACAGGCUAAUCUGGAACGACUUUUUACGCACAUGCAUGAAAUCCCCUUUUCACAGAGCAUGGCCCAAUUGCAAGCUACACUCAAUGUACACCAAACAACCUUUAAUCCAUCUCUUCUAGCCUACCUCUUGCCGAAGAAAGAUUUAUAUAAUGUUUUAUUUUUCUUAUUUACAGGUUAACUUUGUAUUAAUAUGUCAUUUUUAUGUUGCAAUUUUAUACUUUAACAUCUUAAUAUAUGUUUGAAUUACAUGAUUACAAAUUCCAUUUACACAUACAUGUGGUCUGAACAUGUUUUUGUCUGAUUUGUUAUUUUGAGGAUUUCAUAACAAGACGCAUACUGUUUUCUAUAAAUGCUAUGUAUUAUUUAAACACAGCAGCUAUUACUUCAACAGAACAAACUGCAAAUUAUGUUUUUCAUGUAAGCGUUUUGUAUUCAUUUAUGUACGUCCUUUUAAUGCAAUAGUUAGUAUGUAUUUUAUUUUUGGUACACAUAGGUUUUUGUAUAGGUCUGGUGUUGGGAAAGAUGCAAUAGAUCUGUUAUAUGUUUAAACUGCUUCUAAAUCAAAUCUAUUUUUUAAACAAGUUUUUUUUUCAUAAUGACAUGCGCAUAGAAUUAAUUUUAAUUAUUCAAAAUUAUAGUCAAACUAGAGAAAAAUCUCAGUGUUUUUGGUUCUAACCGUUUCUAUAACCACCUUUUAACGGCAUCAAUGUCAUUUAAACGUGUGAUUAUGUACGCUUUUAUGUAUUUAAUGCUGUAUUCACAACUUUGCUUGUUUAGUUUGUACAAAAUAAUAAAUAAUAAACAUUCAAAACACAA